AUGCAUGGGAAAAAAGAACAAGAACAUGUAAGAAAAGGUCCAUGGAAAACAGAGGAAGAUGAUGUGUUACUUAACCAUGUCAAAAAAUAUGGUCCAAGAGAUUGGAGCUCCAUUCGAUCCAAAGGUCUUCUUCAAAGAACUGGCAAGUCUUGUCGUCUUCGUUGGGUCAAUAAGCUUCGACCAAAUCUCAAAAAUGGGUGCAAGUUUACAACAGAUGAAGAGAGGACUGUGAUAGAGUUGCAGGAACAAUUUGGAAACAAAUGGGCUAAGAUUGCAUCCCAUUUGCCAGGAAGAACAGACAAUGAUGUCAAAAAUUUCUGGAGCAGUAGACAAAAGAGAUUGGCUAGGCUUCUCAAAAUAUCAUCAUCAUCAUCAACUUCAAAGUCACACAAAAACAAAAACAAAGCCAAAGUUUCUCUCUCUGUUCCAACUUCAGAGAUUCCAUAUAAGUUCAGUUCUUCAUCAGAGGGAGAAACAUCAUCAAAGCCUCCUCAAUCAUGUUCAUUACCAUGCAUUCAAAAUUCUGAUCAAGUUAUCAAAAUGGUACCAUUACUUGAUCUUAUAAAAUCCGAGCCGCCUAAUUUCGACACAAACUACGUUGAACAAGAGUUCACUCCUUUUGAUCAGAGCUACAAAAGCACUGAACAAAUUGCAUUUCCUCAGAUUCCAGAACUCCAAAAUGAUCUUACUUUUCCAAUGCCAAGAAUUGAUGACCAAAAUUUAUUUGAUGUUUUUGGUCCAUUUGAUUCAUCUGAAUUUGGAAUGGUUCCUUUUUUUGAACCAUCAGGGAGUUGCAGAAUUGGGAAAAUGGAUAGUUUCUUUGAUGAUUUUCCAGAGGACAUGUUUGAUAACAUUGAUCCACCUAUAAGUCCAUCUAAUAAGCUCUAAAUU